GCUCACAAAGCAACAGAGAUCACAUCGAUCGUCGGCUCGUCGAUCAAUGGGGCGCCACAGCGAGGCCAGCAGCGAGCAGCAUCGCAAGGAGGAGAAGCACCAGAAGCACAUGGAGCAGCUCGCCCUGCACGAGAAGCACAAGGCGAAGAAGGACCCGGAGAAUGCCGGGUGGCACAGGAUCAAGGAGGAGAUUGCCGCCACGGUAGCCGUGGGCAGCGCCGGCUUCGCCUUCCACGAGCACCACAGGAAGAAAGACGCCAGGAAGCACGUACGGCCACCACCACCACUGAUCGAGCUAGUCGCCGGUCGUAUGCCAUGUAUAGAUAGGCUGCACCUGCACCACUCUAGCUAAUUAUACAGUUAUACUACCGUUUAAUUCAUUUCCUUAUCUUGUUCGACACUGUGUCGUUCUUACCUUAAUGUACCUGAGUUCUCUUGUAUUAUAUAUA